AGUCUUUCUCUGCGCCUCAGUUUCCUCUUCUGUAAAAUGGGCAUCCUCACGGUGCCCAUCUGCCGGGUGAGGGAAGGUAGGGCCAGAGCUUUGCCCAGGGCCUGCCUCGUGGCGGGUGCCCAAACUCAUUGGCACAGUGGCCCCACAUCUCCCUGGAUCCCUGGAGGGGGGAGGGGGAGCACCAGAUGUGGGAGCUGGACCAGCCUGGGGGGGCUUACUGGCCCUGCUUGUGUGUGUGCGCGCUUCCUGUGGGGGCAGGAGGCUCUGCGGAAGAUCAUCACAACGCUGGCUGUGAAGAAUGAAGAAAUUCAGAGUUUUAUCUACUCCCUCAAGCAGAUGCUACUGAAUGUGGAGGCAAACUCAGCCAAGGUGCAGGAGGACCUGGAGGCGGAGUUCCAGUCCCUCUUCUCCCUCCUGGAGGAGUUGAAGGAGGGGAUGCUCAUGAAGAUAAAGCAGGACCGCGCCAGCCGCACCUACGAGCUGCAGAACCAGCUGGCUGCCUGCACGCGGGCCCUGGAGAGCUCUGAGGAGCUUCUGGAGAUGGCCAACCAGACCCUGCAGGCCACAGACAGCGAGGACUUUCCUCAGGUGGGGGCCUCGGAGGCCAUCCGGGCUGCCAAGCAAAUCAAAGACGGUGUAACAAUGGCCCCCGCCUUCCGGCUGUCAUUGAAAGCCAAGGUCAGCGACAACAUGAGUCACCUCAUGGUGGACUUUGCACAGGAGAGGAGGAUGCUACAGGCACUCAAGUUCCUACCUGUCCCCAGCGCCCCGGUGAUUGACCUGGCCGAGUCCUUGGUGGCAGACAACUGUGUGACCCUGGUGUGGCGCAUGCCAGAUGAGGACAGCAAGAUUGACCACUACGUGCUGGAGUACCGGCGCACGAAUUUCGAGGGCCCGCCCCGUCUCAAGGAGGACCAGCCCUGGAUGGUCGUCGAGGGCAUCCGGCAGUCAGAGUACACCUUGACAGGUCUCAAGUUUGACAUGAAAUACAUGAAUUUCCGUGUGAAGGCCUGUAAUAAGGCAGUUGCAGGCGAAUUCUCUGAGCCAGUGACUCUGGAGACACCAGCGUUCAUGUUCCGCCUGGAUGCGUCCACAUCCCACCAGAACCUGCGGGUGGAUGAUCUCUCCGUGGAGUGGGACGCCAUGGGUGGAAAGGUGCAGGAUAUCAAGGCUCGCGAGAAAGAUGGCAAGGGACGGACGGCGUCUCCUGUCAACUCCCCAGCCAGAGGUACUCCAUCUCCCAAGAGGAUGCCCUCGGGUCGUGGGGGACGGGAUCGCUUCACAGCUGAGUCCUACACAGUGCUGGGGGACACGCUGAUCGAUGGCGGGGAACAUUACUGGGAGGUGCGCUACGAGCCAGACAGCAAGGCAUUCGGCGUGGGGGUGGCCUACCGCAGCCUGGGCCGCUUUGAGCAGCUGGGCAAGACGGCCGCGUCCUGGUGCCUGCACAUCAACAACUGGCUGCAGGUCAGCUUCACCGCCAAGCAUGCCAACAAGGCCAAGGUGCUGGACGCCCCUGUGCCUGACUGCCUGGGCGUGCACUGCGACUUCCAGCAAGGCCUCCUGUCUUUCUACAACGCCCGCACAAAACAGCUGCUGCAUACCUUCAAGGCCAAGUUCACACAGCCACUGCUGCCUGCUUUCACAGUAUGGUGUGGCAGCUUCCAGGUGACGACAGGACUGCAGGUGCCCAGUUCCGUGCGAUGCCUGCAGAAGCGAGGCAGUGCCACCAGCAGCUCCAACACCAGCCUCACCUAGGCCAGUGGAAUGCCCACUCAGCCGGGCUGAUUUUGGGUGCCACUACCAGGCCUUGGCUAUUUCAGCCGGGCACCCUCUAACUUGCUGCUUGGAGCCUUAACUCCUAAUGGGGUCACCAACAGGGAGCGGGCCCCGGGGCAGGCCCUCCUCCCCACCUCAUUUCCUAAUAAAGGUCAAACACUGGCCAGGCAGUGCUGCUGGUUCUUUGGGGCUGGGUGGCACUGGCUAUGCCCUGGCCCUCUCUGGACCUCA